UAUUUUUAAUAUCAUAUCUUUUUUUUAAUCGUUUAAAUUCCGUUACUAUUUUUUCUCUAAUUGAUAAUUUCUUCACCAUGUUCGUAGCAUUAAAACUAAAAUCAUUUCUUUCUUUUUUCUACUAGCAAAGAGCAAACGUGUGUCCUGCUAAAUACCGCAUGUUCUUUAAUGUUUCUGUUUCUUUAAAAAUGGCUCUGUUCGGUCGUGCAACGAGCAUUUUUAUUAUUAGUAAUAGACAUUGUUCAAAGUUGAUUUCAACAUUUAGAACAUCAUUAAAAUGUUCGAAUCCACCCUCACAAUUUACCUUUUGUGGAUAUUUUAUUUUUCGACGAUAUUCAACUGAGCCAGAUAAAAAGAGGAUUACGACUUUAAGGGAAUUUGUAAAUUUCGAUGAUUUUAUAAACGAGAAGAAAAAUCAAGCGAAACGGAGUAUUUUGGUUGAAAUACAGAAUGAUCGUUCAAUUCCUUUUUUACAUAACUAUUGUUCGUCAUUUGGCAAAAUAAAAUCUAUUUUUUAUUAUUCUCUUGCCGAUGAUACGCAUCACUGUUUAAUAGAAUUUAAUUCGGAAAUUUCUGUAAAAUUAGCCCUGGAAUCUGCAGUACACAGAGAUUACAAUUCAGUAAUUCCGGUAAGGUCAACAAAUUUCUAUUUCCGACGAACUAAAGCCACAUUUAAAUCAACUUCUGGUGAGAAACUUCCAUUAAUUCUUGGUAAACCAAUUCUCAAGAUGUCGCAAUUAUUUAAACAAUUAUCAGAAGCAAAGACGGUUUCAGAGCAAAUAGAAAAUUGUUACUCGAUUUUAAAAUUAGACGACAUUGAAUUAAGAUUAAGAUUUCAAAUGUCACAGGAAAUUGAACGUUGUUUUCUUGGAUUAUUUCCAAAUGUUGAAGUUCUGCCUUUUGGUUCUACGGUUAAUGGUUUUGGUAGAAUGGGCUGUGACUUAGAUAUGUUCGUCACUUUAGACAGAGUAAAAAAAGAAGACAGUGUGCAGAGAUUAGUUUUUCAAACAAAACCUUCGGAACUUAAUGGAAAAUAUCAUCAGAAUAUAAAACUAUUGGAAACAAUUGGUGAGAUUAUGAAAAAUUUUGUUCCUGGAGUUACGAAUGUUGUCAAAAUAUUACACGCCCGAGUUCCAAUUAUUAAAUUUAACAAUAGCUACACUGGAAUUCAAUGUGAUCUCAGUCUAUCGAAUAUGUCAGCUUUGUAUAUGUCGGAACUUUUGUAUCUUUACGGUGAAAUUGACCGAAGAGUAAGGCCCAUAAUAUUCACCCUUAGAAAAUGGGCGCAAGUGAAAGAAAUUACAUGCGAAUCUCCUGGGGAUCAUAUCACCAAUUUUUCCCUCACUCUUCUCAUUCUUUUCUACUUACAAAAUAAAAAAAUACUCCCCUCUUUGCAGGAAUUAAGAAAAGCAGCUACGAAGGAUGAUAAGAGGGUAACGGAAACAGGCGUAGAUUGUACAUUUGCUCGAAACUUAUACAGUAUAAAAAUUCCAAAGACCCCAAAUGUCGAUUGUUUCACUCUUCUCAAAGGAUUUUUUGAAUUUUACUCCACGUUUAAUUACAAGACACAUGGAAUUUGUCUGCAAAGUGGAAUGUUAACGGGAAAAGAUAUUUACAUUGCAUUAUUUAUAAAGAAUCCCUUGGAACCAACUUUGAACGUAAGUCGAAACGUUUCCUUCAAACAAAUCGAUAGAAUUCGUUAUUACUGCCGAGAGGCAUUGUGGUUAUUGGAAAAUGAGACAGAAAAUUCAUCAAACAGUGAACACUGGGGAAUUAUAGGACUUCUUAAAACUAAUCAACAGGAUAAGACUACAACUAAAAAAACAAAGAAAUCUAGAAAAGGUCCUCCGAAUGUAUUGGAAAUUAUGAAAAUCAGUGGAUCAACGAAUGAUACAAAUUUUCAAUUUGCCGCCAAUUGAUGAGGUGAAUUUUUUUCACUGAUUGUCAGGACGAUCGUUGUAGAAAAUGUACAUAUAUAAAUAUUUGAUUAAUGAACAUUUUUUUUAACAAAGAAAAAUGUGUUCACAGAUUUAAUGAAUACCUUCGUGUGUCUGUUGAGAAGAAAUUCGUGAAGAGUUUUUUUUUAUUAUGAGACUAAAAAGAAAGGAGAGUUAUGAACGUUUCGAAUGUUCAGUGAAUUGCUGUUGAAAUGUUUAUUGAACGUGAUGUGUUUGUAUAAUAUAUACAAGUUUUUUUUCUUAA